AAUGGGUGCCUUGUGCCCUCGUUCAAAUAGUGAGGUCGUCCAUGUUGAGUAAAAUCAGAAUGAGAUUAUGAUAGAUCCUCAAGUGGAAAUUGAAACUCUUAUAAAUCAAGAAACCAACUAUAGACUUAGUUUAAGUCGUAACUUUUCACUCAAUAAUCCAACACUCUAAACUUGUGAUUAAGUAAUAUAAUCAAUACUCUCUAUCUCACUUUCUUUCAUGGUGAAAGACUUUUCAGAGCAGAUUAAUUUCUUGAAAUUGUAAAUACAUAAAUAGAUACAAGACCUCAUUAAUCAUAAAAUUGAUUUUUAAGAUGAGUUACUCUAAAUGCUUGUGGAUUAUUAUGAAUUUCUUAGUUAUGUUUAAGAGAACAGUGCUACUAAAGUAGUUACUUGGUGGAAAGAACCAAAAACUGUUGUGGAUCUCUAAUAUGCAAUUAAACAUUGGUCUCAAUAAUUUUUUAAAUUUGGAGGUCGUCUAAGAAGAGAAAAAGCAUUUAGAUAAUUAAAUUUUGAACCUAAGACUCCUGAACGUUUUGUUAAAACAAGAGAAUGGAUUAAAAAAUAAACAGAAGGUUAAUAAGAUCAACCAGAACCUAAAUAAUCAUAAACAAUAUAGCAUAAUAGAUAAAUUGAAGAUGGUUUUGAAGAAUUAUGAU